CAGCUAGUCACGUGACUCAAUGACCCGGCCCCUCACUAAUUCAAGAUGGCGUCCACGAAGCUCAAGGGCAAGGAUAAGGAACCCCGCGGGGACAGUUAUCGGUAUGCCGUUACCCCUCAGGUGCCCGAUGAUGGGCUUACAGCUGAUGGCCAGCCCAAGAAGGGUAUGUUUGGAAAGAAAAAGAAGAAGAGCAAGAAGGAAGAAUUGGACAAUCUCAAACAAGAGUUGGAGAUGGAUGAACACAAAAUUCCAAUUGAAGACUUAUAUCAAAGAUUGGGAACAGACCCUAAUAUUGGUCUAACAGUACAACGGGCAAAGGAAAUUUUACUUAGAGAUGGUCCUAACUGUUUAUCACCCCCUAAAACUACGCCAGAAUGGGUGAAAUUUUGCAAGCAGCUUUUUGGCGGUUUCUCAACUCUGCUCUGGAUAGGAGCUAUUCUAUGUUUUGUGGCCUACUCAAUCCAAGCAUCCACAUAUGAAGAACCACCAGGCGAUAAUUUGUACUUAGGUAUCGUGCUCACUGCUGUCGUCCUCGUCACUGGAGUAUUUGCUUAUUAUCAAGAAGCCAAAAGCUCCAAAAUUAUGGAGUCUUUUAAAGAUAUGGUCCCUCAGUUUGCUCUGUGUAUCCGUGGUGGUGAGAAACUUAACAUUCGUGCAGAAGAGUUGGUGGUUGGUGACAUUGUUGAGGUGAAGUUUGGAGAUCGAGUACCUGCUGACAUUCGUGUCAUUUCAGCCCAUGGGUUUAAGGUAGAUAACUCCUCCCUCACUGGAGAGUCUGAACCUCAGUCACGUAGCGCUGAUUUCACCAAUGAGAACCCUCUGGAAACUAGAAAUUUGGCUUUCUUCUCGACAAAUGCUGUGGAAGGAACAUGCAAGGGAAUUGUUGUACAGUGUGGUGAUAACUCUGUCAUGGGUCGUAUUGCUAACCUUGCCUCUGGUCUAGAAGUAGGAGACACCCCAAUCGCUAUUGAAAUCGGACAUUUCAUUCAUCUCAUCACUGGUGUGGCUGUGUUCCUCGGUGUGUCAUUCUUCAUUGUUGCAUUCAUCCUGGGAUACUUCUGGCUCGAUGCUGUCAUCUUCUUGAUCGGUAUCAUUGUGGCUAAUGUACCUGAGGGACUUCUUGCUACUGUCACAGUAUGUCUGACCCUUACUGCCAAGCGUAUGGCCUCCAAGAACUGCCUUGUGAAGAACUUGGAAGCUGUAGAGACUCUGGGAUCUACAUCCACCAUCUGCUCCGACAAGACAGGAACACUUACACAGAACAGAAUGACUGUCGCUCACAUGUGGUUUGACAACCGUAUUGUAGAGGCUGACACCACUGAUGAUCAAUCUAGUGCAACCUAUGACAAAAAUAACCCUACAUGGAUCAAUUUGGCUAGAAUUGCUAUGUUGUGUAAUAGAGCUGAAUUCAAAGUCAAUCAAGAUGAUGUUCCAAUUCUGAAGAGAGAGUGUAACGGAGAUGCUUCAGAAUCUGCUCUCUUGAAAUGUGUUGAACUUUCCAUCGGACGCGUCACAGAAUAUCGUGCCAAAAACAAUAAAGUCUGUGAAAUCCCAUUCAACUCCAGCAACAAAUAUCAGGUGUCCAUUCAUGAGACUGAUGACCCCAAUGACAAGCGUUACGUAUUGGUGAUGAAGGGAGCUCCAGAGAGAAUAUUGGAUCGUUGUUCCACCAUCCUCAUAGAAGGCAAAGACAUCCCAAUGACUGAUGAAUGGCGUGAUAACUUCAACCAGGCCUAUCUUGAACUAGGAGGUCUUGGUGAGCGUGUACUUGGAUUCUGCGACUAUGAACUGCCAGUAGAUCAGUUCCCAUCUGGUUAUCCAUUCGAUGCCGAUGAAGAGAACUUUCCAUUGACUGGACUGCGAUUUGUUGGUUUGAUGUCCUUGAUUGACCCCCCACGUGCUGCUGUACCUGAUGCUGUCGCUAAAUGCCGAUCCGCUGGUAUCAAAGUUAUCAUGGUUACUGGUGAUCAUCCAAUCACAGCCAAGGCUAUUGCUAAGGGUGUAGGAAUUAUCUCUGAGGGACAGGAAUGUGUAGAGGAUAUUGCCGCUCGUCUGAACAUCCCCGUAUCUGAAGUCAACCCCCGUGAUGCCCAUGCCAUUGUUGUUCAUGGUGGAGAUCUGAGAGACAUGACCCCAGCACAGAUUGAUGACGUCCUAAGGAAUCACACAGAGAUUGUAUUCGCACGUACCUCACCCCAGCAGAAACUGAUCAUUGUUGAAGGUUGCCAGCGUAUGGGAGCUAUUGUGGCUGUAACUGGAGAUGGUGUCAAUGAUUCCCCUGCUUUGAAGAAAGCUGAUAUUGGUGUUGCUAUGGGUAUUGCUGGUAGUGAUGUGAGUAAACAGGCAGCUGACAUGAUCUUGCUGGAUGACAACUUUGCCUCCAUCGUCACUGGUGUAGAAGAGGGACGUCUUAUCUUUGACAACUUGAAAAAAUCAAUUGCUUACACCCUCACCUCCAACAUCCCUGAGAUUUCCCCAUUCUUGCUGUUCAUUGUCGCUGAUGUCCCCCUCCCACUUGGAACCAUCACCAUUCUGUGUAUCGAUUUAGGUACCGAUUUAGUCCCUGCAAUCUCAUUGGCUUACGAAGAAGCUGAGAGUGACAUCAUGAAGCGUCAACCUCGUGAUCCCGUCAAUGACAAGCUUGUCAACCAACGUCUUAUCAGUAUGGCAUAUGGGCAGAUUGGUAUGAUUCAGGCCUCUGCUGGAUUCUUUGUGUACUUCGUCAUCAUGGCAGAGAAUGGGUUCUGGCCUGUGCGUUUGCUUGGAAUCAGAAAGGAGUGGGAUUCUAAGGGCAUCAAUGAUCUAGAGGAUUCAUAUGGACAGGAAUGGACAUAUGCCCAGCGCAAGAUCUUGGAAUACACAUGCCACACUGCAUACUUCACAUCAAUUGUUAUUGUACAAUGGGCAGAUCUUGUCAUCUGUAAGACACGUAGAAACUCUGUACUCCACCAGGGAAUGAGAAAUAACCAGCUCACAUUUGGUCUGUUCUUUGAGACUGGACUUGCAGCUUUCCUGUCGUACUGCCCUGGUCUAGACAAAGGCUUGCGUAUGUACCCACUACGAUUUGAGUGGUGGAUUCCUCCUAUUCCCUUUAGCAUAGCUAUCUUUAUCUAUGAUGAAGUCAGAAAAAGCAUACUUAGGAAACAUCCAGGCGGCUGGGUCGAAAAGGAAACCUACUAUUAACACCAGAUCGGUCCUUGGACGUUACGUGGACAAAACAAUAGCUAUGUGUACAUAUGUAUGAACCUGAACAAAUAUAGGAAUAACUUGUACAGUAUUUCAGGUUCAGUAUGUUCUACAGAGAGAUUUUAUGCAACAGUGCGUCUCGUGCUAAGGGCCGUGUAAGGACAAUUAGUAAAUAACCAAUUAGUUGUGAAUAUUCAUGUUAAUUAUUCAGUAAGAUUUCAAGGAACGAGGCUUAAUGAAAGAUAACCAAGGCAAGCUGGGUAGUUCUCAGUAUUAGGCGAAUGAUAAUAUCAUGCAGUAACAUGUUGAAAACAGAACUCUGAAGAAAAUAAGACUUUGUUUGGUGUAAUUUUUUCACUGUUAUAUUUUAUGUGAUAUAGUUUACAUGAUUUGGACUGUUGAGUCCCUAUUCUGAAUCUGAAUGUAUGAAUUUUAUCCAGUUUUGUUCAACAUGAUGUUCAGUGGGUCCUGAUGUAUGAAAUGACACCUCUACAUCAUCUCAUUGAGGUCAUGUGUGUGCAUGUCUUUUUAAUAACUUUCCUUGUACAUUUUUGUUUGAGAUUUUACUAGACUAGUGGAGUACAUAUCGAGGCAAAGAUUGCUGGAGUGAAAGAAAGGGCAAGGUUGGGUGGAAAAUAAGGAAACAACGGGUCGGAACUCCGUAUAGGAGUUGAAGCAAUAAUUCAAGUUGAUGGCUACAUUAGUGAACCAAAGUGUGAACCAUUGUGUUUUUGGUAACUUGUCUAAUCAACCUUGUCCUUUACCAAACCCAUGUGACAUUCCAGUAACCAUAGCGACCUGUAUGUUUUAGUAUUUCGUAUCUCGUGUGUGAAUAUUACUAAAUAAACAUAAGUUAAAUAUGAAUAAAUGAUUAUAUUGAUUAGAGUGUACAAAGUUUUUGGCUUUUUGUGACAUGGUUGCUUGGGUUUUAUUUUAUAAUACUAUGACUAAAAUUGUAUAAUAAUAUCUGAAUAUAACAUUUCUCAGUGACGUCUUUGCUUUGAAUAUGAUAUAAAUAACAAAAUGUUGAGCUUUUUGCUAAGCAACUAUGUCACUUGAGGUCAUGUUGAUUACUAGCAAGUUCACAAUUUAUAUAUUAUACAUUUAAGUUUUGAUACUUGUCACAUAGACUAGCUUAUUAAUGCAGAAAGCAAUAUUGCUAUAAAUCAAUUAACAGUGGUUUGCCACUUUCAGUGGGCGUAGCACUUUUGUGUUAUGUCAACCAAAAGGUGUAAAGGUCGUUGUUAUGCACAUAGUAGCAUGUAGAAAAUAUAUCAAAAUAUAGAGGAUCUAAACAAAUUAUAUGAACUAGGAAUAAAAAAGGGUCCAUGACACUGCAAAUAGGCAAGUAAUACUUGGGGGAGGGCUACUCUGAGAUCAUCUGGCCUCACGUUGCAUCAGUCAGGCCCAAUGUUGCUAGAUCAAGGCCUGGGGUUUGAAUGCAGCCAGGUGACCAUACUAAAGCAUUCAAACAGCCUAGUGUUGGGACAGAGGGUGAUUAUACAUAUUAGGUAUGAAAUCUCGUGUUCUAACAUUGCAGUACCCUCUUGUGUCACACUUCCUUGUUAACCAUUGUGUAUGAUUCCUGGCAAACAGCACCUUCUAAAUCAAAUGUCUCCUCUGUUUAUAACAGAGGACAUAUCCACCUAACACCCUAUUUAAGUAAUACACAUUAUUCCACCAUAUAAAAGAUAAUAUUCAGGAAAUCUAGUACCUAUUUUAGAAUCCUGUUCUAAUAACAUUUCAUGGGCUCUGGGUUAAGUCAGCUCUUGGAGGAUAUUGCUGCUAUUUGGUCAAAUAUUAUACACUGGUUAAUAAUAUAAUCACCCAUGUAUUAUAAUGACCCUAUAACAACCAUGUAAAUAUAUCAUAGUCUAUUAGAUACAUAUUCAAUACUAUUAAAUCAAUAUUGUUUUUUUACCAGUCGUAUAAUAACAGUGUUUAAGUAUUCAAAAUGUUUCACUCGUAAAAACUGCUCUGUUUUGUGUCACAGCUAAAAUGAAAUUAAUAAUUUAUUUGUGUAAGGAAAUAAUAGACACACAGCAGACAAAACAUCUAUCACUACAUAUCAAAUUACAAUCCAAGAUGUGUCCAGAAUUCUCAACUGCUCUGUACUAUUCCUUCUCUACACUGAUACAUUGAUUGGAAUUUGGCUGUUUUUAAUCACAUUUGACUGUUUAGAGGACUUUGGCUGUAAUGUAUCAAUAGAUUGAGGAAUUAUGAUUGUAGUGAUACCAUUAGUGCUGGUUGUUAUACCUCAAUAAAACUUUUAGGUGUUAAA